UCGCAACCUGCUAGCGUUACAUCACAGUAUUCAAGCGACCUCUCGAUCUCCGACGUCCACUAUAUUGAUGUAACAGGGUUGUCGUCCGAUGCGGAAGGUACGGUGGUCGUCGACAUCGACUGCUCGCAGGAACGGGAGGACAUCACUGCCACUGGCACGAAUCUCACUUCUCAGUCUCCGGACGGCACUGCGAUAUACAUCUGUACCAACGUGGCCACUGUAGACGAGCUCGACUUCAAUUGUUUCGCUACGUAG